UUUGAUUCGGUUCGAUUUGAUAAAAAUAUGAAAGCUACUUCUUUUCAAGGUCUUUCACAACAAUAUUUUCCAUUAUCCGUACUUUAUCACGCUACCAUAACAAGGGAUUUGGAUUUUACCAAAUACAAUGAAGAUGCGACUGAAGAAAAAUUUACAAUACCUUUGUCAGUGGCUCUUCAUCCUUGGUUAAUGAUUCCGAUAGGAACUUGUUUGGAAAAACAUCAGGUAAUUAGGCAUAUUGAGAAAAUCGCCGCGGAAAUAAAAAAACAAAAAAAAGCACGGUUUGAUGAGGACAAAAUUUGGAUGGAUAAGCACAUGAAAAAACAUCGUGCUGUUUCAAACUAUUCAUGGGAAGAAUCAUUAGAAAGUAAAGACAAAGAAGAG